GUGUGAUCUCGUUGCACGCCAUCUAAGCCUUGAUUGAAUUGACAGGACCAAGAAUCGUUAGGUAUUCGUAAGUUCCUUGCCAUGGCUCGGGGCGUCACCAAAAUACACCUGCAGAGCCCUUAGAUCUUCGUGGGUUGCCUAAAGCCUCCGCUGCUUAAGUCUUUCAGUCAGCAUACAACACACGGCCUCGCACAGACCCUGUUCGAAUUGUUGGUAUGUUGCAUAAGCUUGCGAGGUGCACACGGUAUAUAACCCUGCUACUUCCCACCAUUAUUACGUUCUUCCAAUUCUAUCUACGCUGUCAAUACGUAAGACCUUAUCGUCAAGAAUGUCUGCGUCAGAGUCCGACGUCCAACAUCAUAUGGUCGAGCUUUCAAGACAGCUUACUGACCAAAGCACUGCAUCACCCGGCUCCGACGCUCCUCUAAGAUGGAGCACAUACAAGCAACCGAGAGCGAAGAUUGUUGUAAAUGCUGGCUGUGAAGAGGAUGUAGAGACGACAGUACGGUUCUGUAAUUCCAAAGCCAUUCCUUUUCUCGCGCAGAAUGGUGCAAACGGCUGGAGCUCUUCUUUUGGUCUUGAUGAUGAGGGAGUCAUCAUAAAUCUCGCUGGAUUGGAUCAUUUCACUGUGAAUGAAGACAAAACAUUGGCUACUAUCGGUGGCGGCUCAACUGUCAAGAAUACCAUCGAAGCUGCGUAUGCCAACGGUGUCCAAGUCGUAACCGGCAAUUGUAAUUGUGUUGGUACAAUAGGGGCCUACCUCGGAGGCGGGUAUGGAUACCUCAUGGGUCAUCACAGUUUUGGCAUGGACAACGUUGUCUCGCUGCGUGUGGUUACUGCCGAAAGUAUACUCAAAACUGUUUCCAUGACAAGUGAGCCGGAUCUUUUCUGGGCAAUGCGUGGUGCAGGCCCGAACUUCGGUAUCGUCACUUCGGCUACUGUCAAAGCGUUUGCAGUCACACCCAAGGAAAACAAAGCGUGGUCUGCCCUGGUCGGGUUCCACCCAGACAAACUUGAGCAAGUGGUAGAAGCCAUCGAUAAGCUCCAACUCACACCUGAUACCAAUGUGUUUAUGUACCUGGCCUCUUCGCAGGACGAACAGCACACCCCAAUCGUCCUUAUCGUGCCCUUCUAUCUUCAUGGCAACGAAGAACAGGGCCAUGAUUUCUUCAAGGCACUGUACGACAUAGGACCGUUGUUCGAUCAGCACUCUGUGAAAGAGUACAAUGAGUGGAACGCUGGAGGAGACCCAUUUUGUGCUCGCGGGCCUCGAAAGCCUGUCUACAGUGCUGGCCACCAUAGAAUGAUCCCAAGUACGUGGCGUGCUAUCUGGAAUGAGUUUGUCAAAUUCCAACAGCUUCCUGGAGCGAGUCUAUCAGCAGUCCUCCUGGAGCGUUACCAUUUAAGCAAAGCACAAAGUUUCCCAGUCGAUAGUACGGCAUAUGCGCAUCGCGAUAUGGAGUUUAGUACUAUAGUUAUGGGUACGUAUGAAGAUGAGGCACUGGAUGCGCAGGCCGAAGCUUUUGGCAAGAGGGUUCGACAGAUUCUCAGAGAGAACGACGGCUAUGAGAUGCCAAAGGUGUAUUCAAACUUCGCGCAUGGCGAUGAAUCGAAUGAGAUUGUGUAUAGUACAAAUUUGCCUCGUCUUAGAGAGCUCAAGAAGCAGUUUGAUCCGCAGAACCGGUUUGGACACUGGUUCCCAAUCCAGUGAACAAGUC